AUGUCCGAGUUGUCCUCCCGCAAAGCGGUCCUGAUGCCACAUCCGUCCCUAGUACUGAACUCUCUCGCGUUUAUGACUUCGCCUGGGCCGGAUCUCAACUGGAAACCGCAUGUCAUUCCCCGAGCAGACCCCAAUAACCGCAUCGUGCACCGUCUGGCUGGAAGGCUUCUUGGUAGUUCCUCUGCCACCAACGGACACGCACGGGCGAAACCCCGCAACCUGAACUGGCGCUGGGAGACGUCGAAGCCGAAACUUGAAAAAUCAGUCGCCAUCACAAGAGGGUCAGAGAGCUCAGAGAUCAACCCUGUAGAGCCGGCUUUGGUCGAUGGAAAGCACAAUACAAGCGACUUUCUAGGAGAGAAUGAAACGGUAGGAGUACGAAGGUUUACGGCUACGACCGACUCUGCAACUCGAACUGGAGCGCUGACAGCACGGCUCUUUUUACAACAGAAGGCGAGAACACCAAGGCGACUGGCUUUCGAACUCUACUGGGAAGGAUUCCUCACUACUCUCGCGGCAAGCAAGGAUGUUAUUCUUCCCGCCGGCGCUUUCCAUACGCCAAAGCUCCUCGAAUCCUCUGGGAUCGGCGACAAGGAGAGGCUGGAAGCCCUCGGCAUCGCUGUUCUACACACUCCCGGCGAAGGAGAAAACCUGCAGAACCAUCCUAUGGCCGUCAUGCCGGUGCCACUGAAAGGCAUCCCUGCCCUGGCGACCGUGCAACCAGGUAUCGAGGCACUCACAUUUACUCGCUUAGACCGAUACACCGCGCACAAUCAACAUGGACCUGUUCAGCGGUAG